AUGAAAAAAGUCCUCGAUUUGCAGCGUUCACUUUUGCUUCUGACAAAUUGCAAUGGCAACACUGCACUACAUAUUGCAGCAAGAUUAGGGCAUUUGGACAUGACAGAGCUGUUAAUAACUACUUGUGCAAAAGAACAAGAAGCUGCAGAGAAAUUCUUGCUACUAAGAAAGAGAAAUUUGGAGGAAAAUACCGCACUGCAUGAGGCUAUAAGAAAUAAUUAUUAUGACAUUGUGAAGUUACUAAUUUGGGAAGACCCAGAGUUGGUUUCGUUUACAAAUAAUGCAGGGGAAUACCCUCUCUUUUUAGCAGUGGAUCAAGGAUUUUUCAAAAUUGCUCAUUACAUUAUAGAUACCGUUCCAAAAUGCUUCUAUGGGGGAAGGAACAACAUGAAUGUCUCGCAUGCAGCUGUCAUUCGCUACCAAACUAAUUUCCUGCGCAAGAUAUUUGACAAAUUUCCAAAAGCAAUUCUGGAAUCUGAUAAAAAUGGCUGGACUCCUCUUCAUUAUGCUGCAUAUUUUGGCAAUACAGAAGUUGUCAAAAUGUUUUUGGAAAAUAAUAUUUCCCUUGCUUACAAAAUAGACAAAGAAGGCAUAUCUGCCCUUCACAUUUCAGCAAUGAGAGGAAGUGGUGGUGUAAUGAGAGCACUCAUUAUAAAAUGUCCAAAUACUUGUGAAUUGUUGGACAACAAAGGUAGGACAGCUCUUCAUCUUGCCGUGGAACAUGGAAAGAAAAAUGCAGUCAAAUUAUUGCUCCAGACAUUAACAUUUCAGGAUCACAUAAAUGAGCAAGAUAAAGAAGGCAACACGCCUUUACAUGUAGCUGCCAUCAAUGACCGUUUUAAAAUAUCAUUGAUGCUUACAGAUGACAGGAGAGUUGAAAAACUGGCUGUCAACAAGGAGGGGAUGAGCGCUGCUGAUAUUAUUGAAUCACGGAGGAAGCUUUCAUGGUCUGAAAAUAAAGCAUUCUUGUCAAACUGGCUCAGUGGCGAACGUCAACUGACUAAUAGUUUGGAACGAGUGGUUGGCAGUCACAUACAGGCUACGAAAAGGGAGCCUGUAGUGUCAAAAAUGGGUGAAGACAAUAACACAGAAGACCCAGAAACUGAUCUAGAUAUUAGAAGUAUGUCCAAUUUCCAAAUAACGGCAAUCACAAUCAUUACAACUAUCACCUUCGCAGCAGGUUUGCAAUUGCCUGGUGGAUUCGACACAAAUGGCAAGGCAGUUCUAAGAGACAACGACGACUUUAAGGAAUUUCUGGAGUAUGUUUCGGCGGCCUUUGUUACCUCAGCUUCCGCAAUGUUUAUCCACUUCUGUAUGGCUUUAUUUCCGAAAUAUCACAGCAUCGAGUACGCAACAGUGCUGUUAUUAUCGAUUUUAAUUGAAAUGUCCAUUCUCUUCAUGGUCUUUGCCUUUGGUUCCGGCAUAUCAGCAGUCUUGGAUGAAAACUCAACUAUUUCUGAAUCGGCUUCGAAUUCCUUUCAUAUACCCGUCGUUCCGUUUCUUUAUUUUCUGAUAUCCCGCAUGGGUUUCCCGUACAUCCCUCGAGCCAGAAAACUACUGGGGUACAUGUGAUCUGAUCUCAGUAUUUG